AGUGUAAGCUCUAUCCAGUGAGAUCAUACAUUACAAUUAGUGAGUCAUCACUGAUGCCCAACCUUCCAUCCAUGCUUUAUAAAUCAACAAAACACCUUACUUGCUGCCAGAGUCGUAACCGUCUGGAGAUAACAACAUGGAACAGGGGAGUUUUCUGUCUGGUGGCGUUUCCUUUCUUCACACUGUAGUCGAUGGCAAGCACUCUUAUGAAGUGGAUAAGGUUUUGACCAGUAAGCCAAGCGAUUUUGGAAGAAAAGGAGACAAGCUGCUGAAGAUAAACAAUGUUGAAACUCAGCAUUUGAUUCCGAAGAAGGUUGCCAGGAUGCUAAGCUCAGGGUCGCCAAUGCUGAUGAUGCACCAGGCGAGUAUUGAUGGUGAUGAAAAGAAGAAAUACCCAGGGUUUGAUAGCAUGAGACCCUUCCACAAGGAAAUUAGCACUUUAAACUUCACUCUGGCCAUGGUUCGCGAAACAUGUCUGAAUGAAGAAGAAGAAAAUCCACAGGUGCCAGAAGAUUCUGAAUUAAAGAGUAAGGAGAACAAAUCCGAUACUUUCUCUGACAAAGAAAUGCUGCUUGUGUCUAUGACUAACACAAGUGUAGCAAUUGUGCAAGCAAGAGGAUGCAAUGAGCAAGACCCCUGCAGCAGUUGUGGUGGUAAAGGGUGCACCUUCAAUGACGUUGUCAUUGCUAGUGCACAGAGCACGGUCUCAUCUGUUUGCACAGAAUAUGUAAAAAAAAAUUUUGAUUGUCAAGUGUUGAUCCAGAGUUUACUGCAGAAAAACAUCUGUCCAGAAAAUAUUCGUUCAGGAAAAGCAAUGAGUAAUUCCACCAAAGCAAACAUCACAAUCUACUACUAUUUGUCUAAUGCACAAGAUGAUUUCGAUAAAGGUGUUCCUGUUGUUUUGAACUUCAGCGACUCAGCAACCUUUCUUAAAUGCAUAUGCAAGAAUGGCAGACCAGUUUUGACUUUGGAGUGCUGUGAGAAUAGCAAGCUGCAGUCUAUCUAUAAGAAUGACCCGAGCACAUGGCCUUUUGUCUUCUACCUGAAAACUACAAAGGAAAAUCAUCGUCGCUUUGAGUCAGCCGCAUACUGUGGUUGGUUCAUCCACACAAAACCUUCUGGCAUGGUGAACAUGGACACAGGAACAAAUUACAGCGAAAGUAACUUCUAUGUCAUCAUACACUUAGGAAAUGAAUAAAAACAUUUAAAAAAAUUUAACCCAUACAUUUCAUCUUCAGCAUAAAUAUAGACUUACCAUCUUUCCUAUCACAUUAUCAACUGAGUUAUCCUUGCUUUUGUAAUUAUUAGUCAUAUGAAGCAUUUUUUUUUAUCAAAAGUAAAUGGCUAUUUUUACUUCAAGCUGAUGUGCAACUUUUAACUGUGUUUGCAGUAUCAAGUAAAUAUGCAUCAUAUCACAAUUUCUGAUUUUUCAUGUUUUUUUUUUUUUGUGAGAUUCUUUGCUAUACCAUCAGCAACAAAUGUAUCCAAGAAUGUUUUAUAUAAAGUUUUGAAAUGUUGCUUUUGUGCUAAUGUGCUAAUAAUUGUCUUUUUUUUAGAUAAUGUUUUUAUACCAUUAUGUAUAAUAGUACGGAAUAUUUACAUCUGAAUCUUAU